AUGCGAGGAGACGCAACACAUGACACCGGCCGCGCGAGGGGUGUUCCUCGCGGGCCACGGGACGAGCAGGACGCUGACGACAGACAAAAAGAGCAGGCGAAUAAUCCGAUGGAAGGCCAGGACAUGAGACAGAACGGCGAGGGGAGGCAUGACCAGCCGCAGGCGGUGGAGCCGGCAGGACAUGGUGAGCGGACGAGGCAGGAGGACCCGGCCAUCGAGGUGUCCGAGUGGUCAACGGAGGACAGCCAGACAGACGUGACUCUUCAGGGGCUGAUUGAAGAGCCGGACGAAGGGCAGACGCAGGAGCCCCCGACGGACGGACAACUACCGACAGACGACAGUCCACAGGUCACAUCCAGGACGGUAGUAUGGUUCGAGAGUCUGGCCGGGAGACACCAGGAGCCCCAGAGGCUUGGGGAGCCCCUGUGGCCAUUAGACAUUAGCCUCACUGACUCUGACUUUUCGGUCCGGAUCACGGAGCCUGAGACGGACGAUGACGAGGAGGAAGAUGGCGGAAUGGGUUCGCCGCCCCUGCCGACGGACGAGGCACGUACAGACGGGUCUGCGGACAGGACGGAGGCGGAGAUGUCAUCGGACGAGGAGCCAGAACCCGGGACAGUAGUCGUGGACCCGGCACGAGAGGCGACGGACGUGUUCGUGACGUCGCUCCGGGUCGGAGCCCUGCCGAGCUACACGGUCAUCACCGGUGACAAGGAGCCCCCGCCGAGCUACACGGUCAUCACCGGAGCCCCGCCGAGCUACACGGUCAUCACCGGUGACAAGGAGCCCCCGCCGAGCUACACGGUCAUCACCGGUGACAAGGAGCCCCCGCCGAGCUACACGGUCAUCACCGGUGACAAGGAGCCCCCGCCGAGCUACACGGUCAUCACCGGUGACAAGGAGCCCCCGCCGAGCUACACGGUCAUCACCGGUGACAAGGAGCCCCCGCCGAGCUACACGGUCAUCACCGGUGACAAGGAGCCCCCGCCGAGCUACACGGUCAUCACCGGUGACAAGGAGCCCCCGCCGAGCUACACGGUCAUCACCGGUGACAAGGAGCCCCCGCCGAGCUACACGGUCAUCACCGGUGACAAGGAGCCCCCGCCGAGCUACACGGUCAUCACCGGUGACAAGGAGCCCCCGCCGAGCUACACGGUCAUCACCGGUGACAAGGAGCCCCCGCCGAGCUACACGGUCAUCACCGGUGACAAGGAGCCCCCGCCGAGCUACACGGUCAUCACCGGUGACAAGGAGCCCCCGCCGAGCUACACGGUCAUCACCGGUGACAAGGAGCCCCCGCCGAGCUACACGGUCAUCACCGGUGACAAGGAGCCCCCGCCGAGCUACACGGUCAUCACCGGUGACAAGGAGCCCCCGCCGAGCUACACGGUCAUCACCGGUGACAAGGAGCCCCCGCCGAGCUACACGGUCAUCACCGGUGACAAGGAGCCCCCGCCGAGCUACACGGUCAUCACCGGAGCCCCGCCGAGCUACACGGUCAUCACCGGUGACAAGGAGCCCCCGCCGAGCUACACGGUCAUCACCGGUGACAAGGAGCCCCCGCCGAGCUACACGGUCAUCACCGGUGACAAGGAGCCCCCGCCGAGCUACACGGUCAUCACCGGUGACAAGGAGCCCCCGCCGAGCUACACGGUCAUCACCGGUGACAAGGAGCCCCCGCCGAGCUACACGGUCAUCACCGGUGACAAGGAGCCCCCGCCGAGCUACACGGUCAUCACCGGUGACAAGGAGCCCCCGCCGAGCUACACGGUCAUCACCGCACCGGUGACAAGGAGCCCCCGCCGAGCUACACGUCGCAGCACCGGUGACAAGGAGCCCCCGCCGAGCUACACGGUCAUCACCGGUGACAAGGAGCCCCCGCCGAGCUACACGGUCAUCACCGGAGCCCCGCCGAGCUACACGGUCAUCACCGGUGACAAGGAGCCCCCGCCGAGCUACACGGUCAUCACCGGUGACAAGGAGCCCCCGCCGAGCUACACGGUCAUCACCGGUGACAAGGAGCCCCCGCCGAGCUACACGGUCAUCACCGGAGCCCCGCCGAGCUACACGGUCAUCACCGGUGACAAGGAGCCCCCGCCGAGCUACACGGUCAUCACCGGAGCCCCGCCGAGCUACACGGUCAUCACCGGUGACAAGGAGCCCCCGCCGAGCUACACGGUCAUCACCGGUGACAAGGAGCCCCGCCGAGCUACACGGUCAUCACCGGUGACAAGGAGCCCCCGCCGAGCUACACGUCGCAGCACCGGUGACAAGGAGCCCCCGCCGAGCUACACGUCGCAGCACCGCUACACGGUCAUCACCGGUGACAAGGAGCCCCCGCCGAGCUACACGGUCAUCACCGGUGACAAGGAGCCCCCGCCGAGCUACACGGUCAUCACCGGUGACAAGGAGCCCCCGCCGAGCUACACGGUCAUCACCGGAGCCCCGCCGAGCUACACGGUCAUCACCGGUGACAAGGAGCCCCCGCCGAGCUACACGGUCAUCACCGGUGACAAGGAGCCCCCGCCGAGCUACACGGUCAUCACCGGUGACAAGGAGCCCCCGCCGAGCUACACGGUCAUCACCGGUGACAAGGAGCCCCCGCCGAGCUACACGGUCAUCACCGGUGACAAGGAGCCCCCGCCGAGCUACACGGUCAUCACCGGUGACAAGGAGCCCCCGCCGCCAUCACCGGUGACAAGGAGCCCCGCCGAGCUACACGGAGCCCCGCCGAGCUACACGGUCAUCACCGGUGACAAGGAGCCCCCGCCGAGCUACACGGUCAUCACCGGUGACAAGGAGCCCCCGCCGAGCUACACGGUCAUCACUGAUGACAAGGAGCCCCCGCCGAGCUACACGGUCAUCACCGCACCGGUGACAAGGAGCCCUGCCGAGCUACACGGUCAUCACCGGUGA